AUGGUUAGUCAGUCGAACGAAGGUCAACGGGCUGCCUUCGAUCAAGUCAUGGCUGCCAUCAACGAUACUGAAAAUGAAAUUCCGCAUCAGUUUUUCUUGGAUGGCCCUGAAGGAACGGGGAAGACGUUCCUGUACAACACUCUCAUCACCGUACUGCAGGGACAAGGGAAGACAGUGAUCGCCGUCGCGUCUACCGGCAUCGCUUCUACGUUGAUGAUUGACGGCACAACGGUGACAGUGCUGGAAGUCACUAUCCGAAACAACGACACUUGGCCUCAGUUUCGCCAACUUCGUCUGACUCAAAAUAUGCGUACCGUGGCCGGCAGUCAAUACUACGCCGAUUGGAUCAUUCAUUCUGGAAACGGGGUUCUACCGACGUAUCCAAAACUGAACAUCCCCGAUAUAAUUGAAAUUCCUAAAGAAUUUUUCAAUUAUAACCGGAGUUUAGUCGAGCACGUCUUUGGUGAUCCAGCUCAACUGUUAGAUCCCGUCAACAGUAAUUGCUUACGAAUCAACAAUCAGAUCAUCAAAGACAUGCCCAGUACGCUUCAUGAGUACAGAAGCAUCGAUACCAUCGACUCUGACGACCCUGAAGAAAUUUCAAAUUACCCAACCAAAGUUCUCAACUCCUUCGACGUCUCCGGAAUUCCCACCCAUUUGUUGAAAAUGAAAGUGGGAGCCGUCAUCAUUCUUCUGAAGAAUAUCGAUUCGCGUCAGGGACUUUGCAAUGGAACCCGUCUCAUCAUCAGGGCGCUCAGAGAAAUCUGA